ACUAUGCUUCCAGGCAUUCAUACAGGCAUUGUUUUGGACAACCUCUGGUCUCCCAGAAUGAGGAAGUAGAAGCAGAAAUUGCAAAAGAAGCAGAAGUUGCAAAAGCUGUCUAUAAGGACAGGGCAAUGGCCUCCUCUUCAUCUUUACAGCAUGCUUUUAUUCUUAUACUCCUGGGGGGCCUCAGGACUUUAGCCAUGAACAAAUACACCGCAGCUGUAUAUGAACAUGCAGUCAUACUGCCGGAAUUAACAUCGGACCCUGUUUCCCCUGAAGAGGCCUUAAAAUUGAUGAACCAAAACAUGGACAUCUUAGAAGAUGCCAUCCAAAAAGCAGCAAAGCAGGGAGCACACAUCAUUGUGACUCCAGAAGAUGCUAUACAUGGAUUUUCCUUCACCAGAGAGACCAUUUAUCCUUAUCUUGAGGACAUUCCAGACCCACAGGUCAACUGGAUUCCAUGUACGGAUCCUGAAAGGUACUGUAUCUUGUGCUUUGCUUUUGUGUGGUCUCAGUUUAAAGGCACUUGAACGUGGUAGCCUUCU